GACCCUUCACUCGCAUGCGCUCUCUCUGGGUGGACAGUGCUGCAACAUGCCUGGGCGCACCAAAAGAAUGAUGCCCCCUGAAAUCAGUGGCCACGUCCACCAGUCUGUGUCCUUUGUUUCAGCGCUGCGGCUUCAUCUCCUGACGCCCUCUCCUUUUCCCUUCUUCCCCCCACAUCUCCGUCUGGACACCAGCCAGGACUGACUUGCGACUUGUUUCCCCCUUCCCAGCCGCCAAGGGUUUGGCAGAGGCAAUAACAACAAGAACAACAACAACAACAAUAACAAUCCCGCAAAGAUGAACAAUGGAAGUCCGGCUCCGUCGCCGGCGUCCCAGAUGCCUCCCGCCGGCCAUGUGCCCAACUCGCCGUCCCUCACCUCGAGUCUCUCCGUGGACACCUCCACCUACGACCCCGAUGCUCCCAAGUACUUCUUUCAAGAGAAAUAUGCCCCCCUCAAUGUGAAGGGUAACUUCUUGACGUUGUGUGCCUGUCCCAAGAACGUGGAGCUGGGUGAAUGGCUGGCCCAUCAAAUCGUUGAACAAUAUCGCUUGCUCCAUGGCAUGCUCCAGGUUAUCCAGGAGGUCAAUAGCCUUACAGGACUGCCGAUCUGUAACGAGAACACCUGCCCCACCAUGUCGGCUGGUCGCUUGACCUACACCUGGCUGGUCGACGGUCGUGCCGCCAAGAUCUCGGCCCCCAAGUUCAUCAACCGUGUUGAGAAAUGGAUUGUCAGCAAGAUUCACGACCCGGUCAUGUUCCCUACGGAAAAGGUUACCGGUGUACCAGACACCUUUGCGGUCAAUGAAGCAGGCGGCGCCAGCGCUACUUCCGGAGAGGAAUGGAUUGGCAAGUCCAGCGGCUUCCCCCAGACGUUCUAUAAAGACUGCCAGGGCAUCAUGAAGCAGAUGUUCCGAUGCUACGCCCACUUGUACCACGCGCACUGGCUGAACCCCUUCUGGCACAUUAACAAGCAUGACAUCCUUAACAUGUGCUUUGUCCAUUUCGUCACGGUGGCCAAGUACUACAAGCUCGUCUCUGAUAAGGAAAUGGAGCCCAUGCAACCCCUGAUCGACCUGUUCAUCAAGCAGCAGCGCAUCCCUCCGGAGGCGCUAGCAGGUGGCCACUGGGGCCAGCAAGCCUCUAGCUGAGCUAGGGCACAGCAGAACUCCCAUUAUUCUUUCCCCAAGUAAGAAAGCGGUCCGGCCUGGCGUUGGAACCUUUUGAUCGGAUU